AUGACGGAUGCAGAAGAUCUCCUGAUCUGCCACACGUGCGGCACGCAGUUCGACGUGCCUGCUUCCAAGCCGCUCCCCAAUUGCAGAAUAUGUGACGACCCACGCCAAUUCGUCCCGCCCACAGGCCAGCAAUGGACGAGCAUGGCCGAGCUGCGGCGCGGAAAGUACGAGAACAAAUGGGAGCAAGACGCCGAGGAGAAGGACAUGUGGUCGAUAUGGACGGAGCCGAAAUUCGCCAUCGGCCAACGCGCAAUCCUGAUCAAGACGCCCGAAGGCAAUGUGCUAUGGGACCUCAUCACUUACCUUGACUCCAAAACCAUCGACUUCAUAAACUCGCACGGCCCUCUCCGCGCAAUCGUCAUCUCGCACCCGCACUACUACACGACGCACCUCGAGUGGGCGCGCGCCUUCAACAACGUGCCCGUGUACACGUCCGUCGAGGACGAGUCGUGGUUCAGCCGCGCCGACUUCGCGCCCUCGGCCUCGGCCUCGGCCCCGUCCUUCCCCGUCCGCCGCCUCCUCUCGCAGACGGCCGAGGACAUCCUGCCCGGCGCCGUGACCGCCGUCAAGACGGGCGGCCACUUCCCGGGGAGCCUGGUCCUGCUCUGGAAGAGGCGCCUGAUGGUUGCCGACACCUUUGUCACUGUGCCGUCAGGGCUAUACCACCAUGAUCGACCUCCCGGCACGACGUCUUAUUCCUUCAUGUGGUCCAUUCCGAACAUGAUCCCCCUCUCCCCGCCUGAAAUCCACGCCAUGUGGAAAGCCAUCGCGCCCUACGAGUGGGAAAGCACUCACGGCGCCUUCCGGGGACUGGACAUCCGCCGAAAGGACUGCAAGCGCGCUGUGCUUGAGAGCAUGAAGAUUCAAGUCAAGUACGAAGGACAUGCCAGCCAUGCCAUUUUGAGUGAGGAUUGCUAG